AUGCCGACAGCUGCAUUAGCAUCAGUCGCGAGAGUACUCCGCCUCAACGCCGACACAUUCGAAGAAGCUGUCGAAGCCGCCGCCGCAAUUUUGCUCCGCGGAGGUGUUGUGGCACUUCCAACGGACACCCUUUAUGGAAUAUCAACAUUAAUUCCAUAUUCGGAUCGACUAUAUGCAUUGAAAAAACGACCGUAUGAGAAGCCAUUGGGAAUUUUCAUUCCCAGCCCGCAAUCGGUGCCGCUGGUUGCAAGACAAACGAUCAGCGAUAAGCUAGCAUAUAGGCUUCUCCCAGGUCCUGUAACUCUGGUAUUUGAGCGACUUCCGGCACUACCACCUGAUUUUAAUCCAGGGGUUUCAAAUGUGGGAGUCAGAGUUCCUGAUUCGGCCAUUGUUGCAGCUAUUUGCAGAAAAGUUGGUCAACCAUUAGCGCAAACGUCAGCAAAUAUCAGCGGAUCUUCAUUGAACCCCACGUGUUUGGAAGAUUUCGAAGAAUUGAUUCCGCUCCUAGAUUUGGUUAUUGAUGGCGGCGAAAUACAAUCAGGUUCACAUGAAGGAAGCACCAUUGUUGAUUUAUCAGUUCCGAACAAGUUUAAAAUUAUCCGAGACGGAUGCGCAAAGAAGAGAACCGAAGAGGUUUUGAGGGAAUUUGGGCUCGAUGAGCUUUGA